UAUGGAGCGACGGUGCUGAUGGUUAGUGGAUGCUCCCUUGCGAGAAGUCUCCGAGCUAGGAAUCGAUGAGCGUCGCAAGCAUGUUCUAAUCAUGGAACAAUUACCACAGAGGAAGGAACCAUGCAAAUUCUGUGUUGCAAAACUUCCUUUUACUCGGGGCGGUCAGACUUUGUGGACGUGCCCCUGGACGACCAGCCCCACCAGCCCCAAAGUUCCUCUGAGCUCCACAUUCCGCGCCGGGUGGGCAUGGCUGCCACCGUCGUCCUCGUCACCACUGUGGCCAGUGUCGUGCUUAUUGUGACAACUGCAAGUGUUCCCAAGCAGCAAGAGGUCUUGAUCCAGAACUACCCUCAAUCUGGCAUUGUCUCUCCCUCUGCACUAACCUCCGCUUUCCAUGAGGUGAUGGUCCCUGUCCAGUCUUCUGCACUUCCCUCUCCACUGCUGGUUUCCAAGCAUCCUAAGAAUGUCAUCAGAGACAAGAUAAGAGAAAUGAAAGAGAAACAUAGACAGAGAAAUGUUCCUGACCCAAAUUAUGAGGAGGUGGCAGUGCAGCUCAAAAAAGAACGUGAACAUGACACAGGGGUCCUGCUGCCAUCUAGCAAGUCUGAGCAACACUUUCCACAUCCACUACCCUCAAUGGACCCAGGCUAUGUUGAGGAAGAAGUUACACUUCAGAAAUAUGAAGAACAUGACAAGCAUCCCCGAAAUGUGAAGAUCCCAGUUGCCACACAAGAUAUACAGCCACAAAUACCAUUUAGUGAUAAAGAAGCAACAAAAAUAAAGGAGACAGAGGAUAGCUCAAGCAAAAACAGAAAAUCGCCAAUGAAACAGAUAAAAGAAUCUAAUAGGCUCCCAUCCAAAAGUCUUAAAAAUGGCACACAAAUACAAGUAUGUGAAACAACAGCAUGCUAUGAGGCAGCAACACGGAUCUCAGAGAGCCUGGACCACUCCGUCAACCCUUGUGAUGACUUUUACCAGUUUGCAUGUGGGGGAUGGAUUGACAAACAUCCAGUUCCAGAGUCUGGAUGGGGAGGCACCUACAUUGAUGCUGUAAAGCGUAUGGAUAAACAUUUGCUCCAGAUUCUGGAAACCCCUGCUAAGCCAGAUGCUCCAGCCCCUCUUCAUGAAAUACGCUCUCUUUACAGUUCCUGCUUAGACACAGACACAAUGAAUGAGCUUGGCCUGGAUCCUCUUGUCAACUUGCUGUCUGCUGCUCAGGGUGGAUGGCCCAUGGUGAUGGAGACCUGGGACCCGAACUCCUUCAGCCUCUCAACUGCUCUCAACAAUCUCCGCAGCCUUAACGUCUACCCACUCAUCCAAGUCUACAUCAGUACUGACGUUUUCAACACUUCUAGAUGGCUUAUCUUUGUUGAUGCUGGACAAGUGCCUGCUGGAGCAAGUGUUAUGGGAUCAGUCAGUAAUGACACCCUAGCUCCCUACCACACUUUCAUGACAUCUGCUGCUAAGAUGCUGCGUGAUUUCAUGGAAUCUAGUGCUUCUGACCAAGACAUUGAUAGUCAAGUGAAUGAUGUUAUUGAGUUUGAAAUGAAAUUCUCAAAGAUUGUAAUGAAAGCUAUAAAUGAGACAACUGAUCAUGCCUGGCAAACCACUGUGGCAGAGUUGCAGGAGGACACAGAUGCAGGCACUCCACAUCAGAUUGAGUGGCUGAGUUUCCUGGAGGAAAUGUUUGCAGAAACUGACAUCACCAUUACAAAGGAUGAGCCAUUGCUGUCUUUCAAGGGACCAUUCUUCAGAGAUUUCAGUAACUUGCUAGCAACUACUGAUCCCAAGACUCUUGCAAAUGCUAUUGGAUGGUGGUGGGUGUAUGUUCUGCAACAGGAAACCACAUAUGCCAUGAGGAAUGCUUCCCACACCUACAUGCAGGACUUCUAUGGUCAAUCUCGAUCAACACCUCGAUGGCAAUACUGCAUAAGUAUAACUAAUAGAAAUAUGGGCUUCGCACUUUCCAGGGAGUAUGUGGAUCACUUUGUCCCUCACACAGUGAAACCAGAGGUAACAGAGCUGACAGAAGACUUGCGUGGAGCUUUCUCCUCCCUUCUAAACAAUAACACCUGGAUGCUGCCAGAAGACCUGCAAGUGGCCCAGGAGAAACUGGCAGCCAUUGACCCCUUUGUGGCCUACCCAGACUGGAUUAUGGAUGACAAACAGUUAGCACAGGGCUAUGAAGGUCUGAACCUGGUGAAUGGAGAACACAUAGAUAACCUAGUGCAUAUUGGGGCCUGGUACAACCUGAAUGCCCUUGCUGCUCUCAGAGAUGUUCCAGAGCACUCGUUCCUUUAUCCUCCAACCAUAGUGAAUUCUGUCUACAAUCCCAUUCAAAAUAGCAUCACCAUCUUGAGCGGCAUGCUGCAGUCACCAUUUUAUGGCCACAAUUCCCUUGCUGCCGUCAACUAUGGGAGUCUAGGGAUGAUCAUUGGCCAUGAGAUGACCCAUGGCUUUGACAGCACAGGUCGAAUGUUUGACAAGUUUGGAAAUUUACGUCAGUGGUGGAGUAAUGAGACGAUUGAGGCCUUCAAUGAGCAUGCAAUGUGCUUUGUGAAACAGUAUGAUAAAUAUGUACCCCCAGAGCUCUCCGAGAUUGGUCUUAAUAUAACAGUCAGUGGAGUUCAAACUCUGGGAGAGAACAUAGCUGACAACGGUGGAAUCCGUGAAGCCUUCCACGCCUACAAAAUGUAUGUAAACCGCUAUGGGGAGGAACCCAGACUGCCAGGUCUUGAGGAGUUCUCUCCUGAUCACAUCUUUUAUCUCAGCUUUGCCAAUCCAUGGUGUGAACACAAGUCUCCUGAAAUGGCUCUACAACUGCUGUUUUUAGAUGCCCAUUCUCCAGGCAAGUUCCGUGUUUUGGGAUCUCUUUCCAAUGAUGACGAGUUUAGCAAGGUGUGGAACUGUCCAGCUGGCUCACCUAUGAACAGUGGCAAAGACCGCUGCCUCCUAUGGUGACAGUAAAUAUUACCUUCUAGAAACAUCAAAUGUUAUAAUUACAAGCCAAUACACUUUCAACACCUUCAAGAACAAUAUCCCAGUCAAAAGGAAAGUAAAGAACACCAUUUGCAAUAAAGGUUAAACAUAGACCA